UGUCCAGCAACAAACAGCAGCCAGCGUAGUGUGUUUGCGUGGAAACGUCAAACGCGUUUCGGGUUUUUGCCAUUCUUUGGACCGUGCUGUGUGCGUGCGUGUCGCUCUGUACGUGUGUGUGUGUGUGCUUGUGCUUGUAUGUUGUGUCCUCCUUCCUCUUCACGUGUACGAAUGAGAUGCGUUUUGCGUGCAUGUGGGGUUUUGCGGAAGCAAAUGGUGCGCGGCGGAUGCCGCAAAGUGAGGAAGAAUGUGAAACAAAACAAAAACAAAGUGAAAAUAAAACAACACCCAGUCCAACACACAGGCCUGUCAUCGGUAAAACACGAAACAAAACUGUGGAAAAACAACUAAAAAAAUGCGUCGUCCACCCCCUGCAAUAUUAUGUGUCGGUGGGGAUAGUUUUUGGUAGUAAUGUGUAAAAGGGAGGAUUGGCGAUUUUUUUUAGUUGUGUUUUUUGGUUACGUUUUCGAAGUGAGCAGAGAAGAGUCACAUCUCCCGGUUUUGCCCAUCUUUCGCAGUGACCGCGUUUCCGACGCCGAGGAAGUGUCUCGUGUCAAAAGUCGGGUCUCAGGUCGCGUGAUAGUAGGCCGGAGGGCCGCCUUUUGGGGAGCUCAAAUAACCUAUCAAAUUCACAUAUUAGCACGCGUUCGCCGACACUAUCGUACAGUUCGUCGCAGUGGGCUGUUGUGAUAAAGCACACAGCAGUUCUUCCAAACGAUUCCAUGCUACUUGUCGUUGAAUUCCAGCCCCCAUCGUUGUGUGCUCCGUAGAGUGGGUGAGAGUUUGAUUGAAGAAAUAUCUCCCUUCGGUGCCAAGUCGUUAAUAUCCAGUGGAGGAAGAAGCCAGUCGUUCCAAGAUAUCAGCCGCGACAUUAAGCCCCCCCGGGUUGCCUUUUGGGAAAAGAAGGAAAAGCUUUCAUAAAACAACACCCCUGGUUUUGAUGUGGUGUGUGGAGCAAACGAAAAAAAAAAACGCCAAACAACCAAACAAGCGUGGAGAUGAGUACUUAAGCUUUAAAAAUGUGUUGGUGGCCUUCACAGCACUCUCUGGCCGCGGUGGUUAUAAUCGAUUUACCGUCGAGAGGAUCGCUUAAUUUUCUGCGUGAUCUCGGAGCUUAAAGCGUGUGACAAAACGGGGCUGGGAAUGGGAACGUCCAUAAUGUCAAAGGAAAAAAGGAAAAAAUCGGUGCUACUUUUAGUUUUGCUUCAUCCCAUCGCUGCAGGUGCUUGCGUGAAAUGAAAGCAUAAUCGGCAUAAAAUUAGUGUUCACCAAAAAAGGUGUUGAAAGGAUGAAAAAUGCAGUGUAAAAUAAUAUAAACCGGUUUGUAAUUGUUACUGUGCAGAAAAAAAAAUUAGCCAAACCCUUAUCGCACAAAAUUGUAGUAAAAAAGGGAAAGAAAAGAAAGAAAAAAAAACACCGAAUCGUGAAGUGAAAGUGUUUUAAAUGAUAAUCCAGUGCAAGUGUGCGUGUGUGCGCAGUGAGUUUACUUCAUUUCGUAUCCAAUACAAGCACCCGUGUCAAUGGUGGCGAUUUGCAUAAGUGUGUAAAUUGUGUUCUCCUACUGCCCUGUUUGGUCAACCGCUCGUCUCGCGCACCAAGUGUAAAGCCAGUGGCUCGCAAGCGAAUUCGUUAUGGUUGCGUGAAGAAAAGGGCAUCCCGCAUCUGCAUCUGUUGCGGAACAGGUGUAACACGGAAAAAUUAACACGUGUCCGCGGAAGUGGUGUAAAACUGUAAAGAGUUGUUACCAAAAAAAAAAAUAGGAGCAUUUUUUGUUGUUGGUGUCGCGUUGCUCGAAUUUGCUGUUGCAUGCGAGCAUUGUUUUGAAGCGUAAUUUAUUAUGCUUGUACAAAGUGGCAAAAGUGUGUGCGUGGAAAAAAAAUGAAACAAAUGUUCUUUCCCGAUAAACGUCCACAAGGCGUUUAAAGACAAAACCUACAAUCAGCGUUAAAUGCACUUCCAUUUUAUGUGCAAAAGUUUUCCGCUGGAAAAAUGAUCUAAAAUCAUUUUCAACCAUGAACGAACCGCAUCUUGUGCGCUGCUAAACAUACGCCAAAAAAAACGCAUGCUGUAAAAAGCGUUCUCACCACGAAUGGUGUGUUUUUGCUUUGGUUCGAAAUUAGCUGUCUGUAUCGAAGUGCUUCUAGUAUCAUAAGCAUUACACACCGAGACGUGUAGGUGUGUAUGUGUGUGUGUGUGCGGUGAGUGAGUGGCCACGCACAGGGUUUAGCAAAAGCAGUCAAGGUGGCCGCGUCGAAGAGAUCCCGAGGGACCUCGGCGUCCGAAGGUCGCCUUGCGCCGACUACCACGACGACGACGACGACGACGGAAAGCAUUGGAACCGGCGGUGGGUAUACCACUGCAACUACGAACACCACCACCGUUGCCACUUCCUCAUCCGGCGGUGGAGCUACCGUUGAUCCUUCCUCCGCCAGCCUACAGUCCUCGAGUUCGCGCCAAGGAUCGGUCGAUGGCGUGAUGCAACGAUGUGGCCUCUGCUCCAUCAUCUCGAGCCUGCUGAGGCGUGCCAUGUGCGUAGGUUCACGGCGUGGUAGCGGAGAAUCCUACUACCAGGAGCUAGCGGAAACAAAUGUACGUCAAUGUGUUAAAUACAAUAAAUCUUCAACCAUCGCGGACGUCGCCACGGUGGAAACGACGGACAGCUCGAGCUACAAACGACUGAUAUCAACCACAUCUAGCAACGCACCAGCAGCUGCAGCUACGACGACGAUCGUGGCGCUAACUACGCCCACCGCAACAACCCCAACCGUAAUGUUAAUGCAUGGAGACGACGACGACGACGAAGGUGCACUGAACGGCCCACGUGCAGCAGCCGCCGCCACGACCACCAACCUGCGAAGAAUCUCCGAUCAAGAUCGACCCCUGUUCGAGGCCCUGAUGGCAGAGGAGCGAGGCGAACUACCCAGGCGGCGGCACGCCUGUACCGGACGUUUCCUAACCAUGCACAAGCGCCGCAGAAAGAAGCUGCUGACGCGCAGUCUCGCCCUCGAUCAAGCCAUCCUGGACGAUGUGCUUCACGGGCAGGUGCAGUGUAUACUCGAUCGCGUGCACCACUGGCGCUUCAACGCGUUCACACUCGAGACGGUGACUGGUGGACGCUCACUGCCGGUUCUAUGUGUUCAUCUGUUCCACUGGUACGGGCUGCUAGACCACUUCAACCUAGACGUAGUUAGAGUAUGGAAAUUGUUUAGCUUAAUCGAGGAAGGCUACCACAGCACGAACCCGUACCACAACUCGAUACACGCGACCGACGUAACGCAAGCGAUGCACUGCUUCCUGCAGGAAAAGCGCAUACUGGAGAAUCUGAGCCCGCUCGAGAUCAUGGCGUCACUGAUCGGUGCGGUAACGCACGAUCUCGACCAUCCGGGCGUCAAUCAACCGUUCCUGAUAGCGACCUCCAACCAUCUGGCGGCACUGUACGAGAACACCUCCGUGCUGGAGAACCACCAUUGGCGUUCGGCGAUCGGGUGUUUGCUCGAGAGCGGUGUCGCCGAACAGGUGCAGGACAUCCGGCCCGAGCUGGAGAAACAGAUCAGCUCUCUAAUACUGGCGACGGACAUUACGCGGCAGCAGGAGUUUAUCGGCCGGUUCCGCGACUACCUGAGCCGGGAUGCGCUGGAUAUGCGCGACACCACCCACCGUCACUUCAUACUGCAGAUAUCGCUCAAGUGUGCCGACAUAUCGAACCCGUGCCGCCCGUGGGACAUUAGCAAGAAGUGGAGCAUGAAGGUGUGCGAAGAGUUCUUCCGGCAAGGCGAUUACGAGCGGCAGUUAAACCUGCCAGUAACGUCACUGUGCGAUCGGCAGUCGACGACCGUACCGAAGAUACAGACCGGGUUCUUUAAGUUCGUGGUCACACCGCUGAUGGACGAGUGGCAUCGGUUCCUGCGCACGGACCUAUCACACUCGAUGAUGCACCAUCUGAAGUACAAUCAGACACAGUGGGAGAGUAAGCUGCAGGCGGAGAUUAACGAGGAGACGCGCACGGAAAUCUCGGAUGCGGAGUUACUGGACGAGGAGGACAUCGAGGGUGGCGAUGAUGAUGGUGUUGUGUGCGGUGAGGAUGAGGCAGACGAUUCGCAUCAUCUUGCCGAUCUGUCCGACAGCUCGGAGGUGCUGCUACCGUUUGCGAUGGCAAAGCUUGGACGAAGAAGUUCGCUCCAGGUAGCGUCCGCAAAUCAUGGCUUUGCUGGAAGGGUGCGCAAUGAGCGACGUCUUUCCGUGCCGGCAACGCACUGCAUCCCGAAGAUCAUUCUGCCAGCAAAGGAAUCAUCGAGCGGUGGACGAUCUUGCGGCGGUUCCGGCGGUGGCGGUGAGUUCACCCUGCAGCCACCGGAAUCGAUCCAGGAGAGUGACGAACACCGGUUCGACGCUGACUCACUGUCAAUCUUCUCCUCGGAUAGUGAUAGUUUACAUCGUGGAGCGCGUGGUUCGUCCACUGGCAGCACCGCGGAUCGUGAACGACCGCUUAGUGCGGAGAACCUGCUGCCGGAUUGCAGUAUCGCCUCCAUGACGGACGGUGCUUGCGGUGAUCGGCUCAAUCUCGUGCUGCACGGUGCAGUGAGUGUGGGCAACACGGCCAAUCUGCUUACCGUGGGCACCUCGAAGCAUCUGAUCCGCCAGCAAACGUUCCCACCGUUGCAGCCGUACGUCCGGACGCGCUACAUGUCGUCACAGGCCGAACUCGGUGCCUGCCCGGAAGCAUUGCUCGAAUCGCACUCGUCCAGCUCGAACAGCAGCUCAACGAACGCACCGGCCGCUUUAUCAAACGUCGAAUCUCGCGGUCGUGUACUCGCGACCAGAAAGGAUAGCAUCAAGCGGGAGCAACAAUCGGACGGUGCGGGCUCAUCCCAGGCGGAUGGUGCCGGCAAGAUUAAGGUACCGAAGUUGUCACUCGGCCAGAAGGAAAACCUCGACCCAUCGAUGCUGAAGCGAACUCUUAGCAGGCGGCGUGGAUCUGCCCCGGUAACUGUGGCGCUACCCACGAAAACGAGCGCACCAACGGACUCUUCCGGAAGCGGAGUUGGGACAGGUGUCGGAAUUGUCGGCGAGAUCGGCAAAUCGUUCAUCAUCAAAACUUGCGAUCUAAUGCGCCGUGGCUCGAUGCCCGUCGACGCUCUCAUGCACUCUAAAGAUCUUCCAUCAUCCCAAAGUACGGCUGGAGGUAGUGUAAAUGCAGGUGGCGUUCCUUCCAACACCGCUCAGCUUCCCAACAGCCUUGUCGCACCGCCGUACGCCGGUAUGCAACGACGUGGCUCAGUACCCUGUGAAAGUACGAACAAUGUGGCCCUCCGGAGCAGCUUUAGUAUCAAGCGGCGCAGCACGAAAAAGGCAAUCCGACGGCGAUCGUCCGGUGGUGCAGAAAUUCUCAGCCCCAUUCUGUCCGAGGAUGCGGCAGGUGGCAGCAACGGUGCUGGAUCUUCCUCGUCCUCCUCUAAUGCGUGGUACCGGAUCAAGCGGGAUUCGGGUCACCGGCGAAACGGCGACAACGAGAGUCUUCUAUCCCGGCGUCGAGGUUCCCUGCCGGUCGAGGUCCUCGCGAUCGGUUACUCCGGCACGCUGCGUCACUAGAAACAGAACAGAAGACAUGCGUUUUAGUUGCUACAUACAUUCACUGUCGUACGCAUUCCAUCAUUCCAUCCUUUUACCGUAUCGAAGGCAGUAACCACAGUAAACCAACGGGGUGAACGAGAGCAAACUGGAAACGGUGCGAGUCGUCGCCAAAACUGAAAUGGAAACAAAAUAUCAUUUUCCGACAGUGAAAACCUUUAGCCGAUUAAUGGAGAAGAUAACCCAUUUUUGCUCAUUCCUACCACCGAUGCUUCCCGCCUAUAUCGAAUAGUGUGUGUGUGUGUGUCUGUGUUUAAACGGAACUGAACAGCUACACUAGCAAUAGUAGCAGAAGCAAAACGAAAGCACACGGCAAAUGUAUGGAUUUAGGAGAGAAAAAAAACACGAAAUAUGUAAAACAUUAUACCAUAAGACGCAAGAACUGAUCAAGUUGCAGAAAAAAAAACAAAAAACAAAAUUAAAAACCGCUAGCGGUGUAUGUAUGUGUAUGUUCGUAUCGUUAGGAAACGAAUUCGAGAGAGAAAAAAAGAAACAAAGGUAAACAAAACCAACAACCAACAUAGAACAUCCCUUCCAUUCACUAAAUUAGUGGUGAAAAACAGUGUACAAGGAAGGGAGGAUGAAACAAGGAAAUCAAACUAAAGAAAUGUCGAAAAAAACACACAUAAAACAUGAUCGGAAACAUGAACGUGUCAAGGUAAUGUGGUAAGCAUAUUUAAUUAACUAAAGAAGAACAAAACACACACACACGAAAAUAAAACAAACAAACAAACAAUCGUUGCUAAGUGUGCAUUGGUGUUGUAGAAUGUAGCAAAUAGUAAAGCGGAGUAUAGGCGAAAUAAAAUAAAAGCAAACAAAAAAAAACCCCGGUUAACGAUAGGCAAAAUAUGAAUAUUAUACCCCACAAAAAAUUUAGUUAGAAAACGGUGCUUAAAAAAGAUGCAAAACAAAAACCGCGCACUACAGCCAAACAUGGGCGUGUAGGUUUUUGGGGCGUAAGAGCGAAAAAGGGGGAAGAAACACGGAAAAGGGAAACGAUGAUCCGGGUUUUUAUCAUAAACCACACCAGGCCAGGAACGGAGGAACAAAUCCCACUACUACUGGAGAGCUUAUGUACACACAUCCUUAGAUACAAUCCUUCACACGAUCGUUUUGUCAAAACGCCAAAGGUGUAUAGCGCACACAGCUACUAGAACAAUGUCAUCCCCAACAUUACACACUUCAUUCGCUAAUUUCAUUCACCGAAGAAGGCGCAGAAUAAGCUGGGUGGGCGAUCGUCCAUCUUUGAACGGCCAUUUGCACCAGGACGAUCGCAACAUUUUCUACUGUACUAUCAUUCUCUAGUAUAUAUGAUCCCAUUACUAUCAUCAUAAUGCAUGUUCGUCCCUGUUUAUUUUUUAUAAUAAGGAGCUGGUAUUCCUCGAAUGUAAGAGAGUGUGUGUCGUUGUUGUUGUUUUUUUUUGUAAUUAAAAAAACACUAUAAACUUUCUCCCCUUGCAUUGCCGUUGCACUCAGAAACGCGCAAGUAAAGUAUAUUUCAUUUCUUUCUCCUUCUCAUAGUGAGUGUACGCGUCAUGUGGAAAAAAUCGUAAAGAAAACAAAAAAAAAGUAUUGAAAGGAACAGCGUGCGUUUGAUUGUUGCGAUCGCUAGAGCUAGAAGUCGAAGGGAAGAAAAAUAAAAACAUAAAACAAAACUUGAAAGCUGGCUGGUUCCAGCCCAAGAAGAACAGUGGUAGUAUUAGUAAGAAAGGGAAAGCGUGCACAUUCAAACAGAAAGCUCUUCCAACCAAACAAAACAUUUGCAAAACGAACGGUAAUCGACAUGAACAAUGUAGCGUGUAUGUAGGACAGACAGUUAUACAUAGCACAACAGAUAAUAGCAAGAUGGAGUAAACAAAAAAAGGAAAACAGAAAAUUUCAACUAAAACAUGAAACUUUUCCACAAGAACUGGCAAAUUCAACUUCCAAUCUUAAGUGUAAUCCGGUUUGAAGAAAGUAGCGUGCAAAACAGUAGCAAAAAAAAUUAUUAGCAACAGAAAACUAAUUCGAAUGUUUAGCAAAAAGCGAAACCAACAAAGUCACGCUAGAAACGUGUUAUUUAUUUUAUGCUAAUUCGAUAAGAUGAUGUUAUAAGUCGAAUAAUGGUUAUUUUGUGUUUCUUUUCUUUUCAAUCUUCAUUAAACGUUUUGUUAACGUAUCCACAUUUUACGAAUAUCACAUCCGAGUAAGACGAGUCAACUGUUUGUUUUUACUUUUCUACAACGAAAUAUUUUCCAAGCCCUUUUUCGAUGCAGUUUGGGGAGUUUAGAAAAGGAAAUAUUCCCUUCAUUGCGCGAUAUCAAUGCAUUCAAUAUGAAAAUAGCGCAUAAAUGAUUGCGUGCAGUGUGUUCGGUGAUGUGUCACAGCAAAAGAAAGAAGGUAGUAAACAGUACCGUACCUUUCCGUUUUUGUCGUUAGAGAAAGAGCAAAUAGAACGAAACAGAGCCAGAACCUUACGUAGCGUAUAUGUGAACAAUAGUCAGCAGAAAGAAAAGAAAAGCAAAACAUAGAAACAAACCAAUAAACUAAACAGACACAACAACAAAAAAAAACAAGCAAACAAAUAACAUAACGGUAAACAUGUAAUAAUAGUAAGCACGUUUUACACUGUAAAACGUAACACCACUACCACCACCAACUUGUCCUGGUAACUGUUUUUAGAUGUAUUUUUCGACUCUUCUAAAAAGGGGCAUCCGGUCGGUCUGGUAUCGAUUCGGGUGUACUGUAACCCCCACGUGUGUAAUGCGCUCCGCCAUUGUCCAUUUCGGUCCAAUUUGUAAUCUUGUCUUUUAGAGACCCUUUUCUAAGAGCAAGAAUAGUCUUUCCCUAUAACUGAACACAUCCAUUCGGUAAACCGAUAUAACCGUGUGUGGGUGUGUUUGUCAGCUCAACUCUAGGUGUGUGUGUGCGUGUAUUUAGGGUUCAGCAAAUUUUCUUAAACGAAGAAAACAGAAAUUAUUAAAUAAUGGUUGCAAAGGAAACACUAGCGCCAGCGAUGACGUCUGUUCCGGUUUGUAGUUUUGCGAUGCAAAAUGGUUACGAAUGGUAAACUAAAACAUAUUUUGCAAAAGAAAAGCAAAACAGGACAUUUCAACUAUACAGAACACUAGAGCAAAGCUGGAGGAAGGAAGCUAGUUUGAUUCAAUGUAGAGCGUAAUAGGAAAACAAAACAGAGCACAAUAUAAACAAAACAGUUACAUCUUUAAAGAAAUGAGAACAAAAACAAAACGUUAACAAAAGGGUGGUUAACAUUGGAACAGAUAAACCGUAGGUUUAUAACAGAUAAAAGAGCACAAUAGCAAGACACACAAAUACAAUACCAAUUCUCGAAUAGAUAUCCUUCCUCUGGCCCCUCCAAUAAACUCCUCAUAUACACACGUACACAACUAUCAGUAAACAAACAUUAUGUCAGAAUGGAAGAAAUAUGUUCCAUUACGCAUAAGACACGUAGUCUACCGUAGCAAGAACAAAGAGAAAAUAAAACAGGAAAAUAGGAUUAUAGUAAAUAAAACCAAAACGCAAGCAAAACAAACAAAACCGAAAAGUGAAUCAAAAUUUAAAGUUUCAUAAGUCAAACCAAAUGACUACGAUCAGUAAACAACAAAGAGCAAAAAUGGAACAGGAUUCAUAUGAACGUGAGUUAUCAAAACUGGGCAUGGAUGAAAACUCCACUUUUUCUAGUACCACUCUACACACACACACACGCGAGCGCACGCGCGCACUGAUUGCUACAUGAUUUAUUUUACCUUCCUAGGGAAAUAUUUGAAAAAAAUCCUGAAACACUUUUACUACGAUUUCUACUUCUACCUACAAAAGCGAACACAUUAAAAAAAACAUUGAUGGAUGUAAUUGUGCAAAAAAUAAAACAAUGAAGAAUGAAAUGAAAGAAGAAAAAACCACGGUCCAAAGUCCAUUAAACCAUGAGCAAAGAAAAUGUCUACGAAUAAUAAUAAAAAAGAAUCAAAUACACAUAAAACAACCAAACUUGUCUCAAAAGGAAAAGAAACAAUUGAUGGUGGGACAGAUUUGCUGUGAAUGAGAAAUGUUUAUAUCUGUUUUCAUUUCUUUCAUAUGCGGGUCCUACAGCACAAUUUAUUGACAUAGAGAUGGAUUUACUAUGUAGCUUUUGUGUGUUUUUUUUUGUUUCUUUUUGUUUUCUUUUCUAUUAGGCUGUUACGUUUUUCUUUUCUAUUAGGCUGUUAUCCUUUUCUUAUCUUUUUUUACUUCCAGCAUAAUUUCUUUCUAUUGCUUUUGUCCUUACUAACAGUGUUUUCGUUCUUACUAUUUAAAAACUUCCAAUAAUUAAUUUUGCUAUUUUCACUGUACCAAAAUCGAAUCCUUUCGUAUUUGUAUAGGCCAUUUAUUUUAAACCACCUUGUUAGUGUUUGCAUUUUUUCUAACGCAAGAAACUAUAAAACACCGACCACAGUGAAAUUUAAAAAGUAAACACACACUCACACUAUGGACCAAUUCUUCACUAUUCUAUACAACUCUACUACCGUACUGUACAUACAUACAUUGUAGCUCAAUUUACUCGUAAGCUCGAAACGCUAUUACUUCAACAGUAGUGGCCAGGUACAUGGUCACUGCAUCUAAACUAACGACUGAACUUUGAAAAAUUCUUAUAAAAAAAAAAACAAACAAACAAUGCAUCAUUCUGCAGUUUUUCUCCAUUUUAGUGAAAGUAAAUAGUUUGAUGUGUCUUCUUUUUCUUUCUGCUCCGCACACAAUGGAGAGAAACAAGACUCUCGUAAUGAAAAUCAAAACAUAUUAACAAUUGAUGAGCUAGUGUAGCACAAGAAAUGAUGAAUGGUAUAAAGAGGUAUACAUUAAAACCAAGUAUUUGGGUUUUAUUUUUAUCCCGUUGAUUUCUUUUCUUGAUUACUUGGCCCUUUUUGGUUUCCUGUGUGUUUUAUCCUUUCAAACUAUUUUGUUUUUGUAUGCCAGUUAGGUUACAUAAGGCUUAAUUUAAGGAAAAAAGCCGUGUAGCUCACAAAACUAUAUCGAAACUAUCAACUAGGAAUGAUCGAUUGCAUGGAUAAAUAAAGAAUAUCAGUGAAUCAGAAGGAAUGAAAUCGAAUACGAAACAUGUUUACGAUAAACACAAACAUAAACGAUAAAUAACUAAGAAACCAUUACCCGAAACGGAAUAACUUAGUAGAGUGUAAUCAAAUCGCAAAACUACUGUAGCAAAAUAUCCCCCAAUUAUGUGUUUUAUGUAAAUUUACAAAACAACUGGAAACGAAUUUCCCAAAGUGUAUGCAUUCGAAGCUAGCGCUAAGCAGGAUUAGUAUCGACAGAGUCGAUAAAAGUAAACCAAAACAGCUGCAAAACAGGAGUCACAUUUUGAAGAAUCGUCCGGAGAUGCGCAGAAAAUUAAACUGUGUUAACUUAGAUGUAUCGUAUGUCUUUCCACAUAACACGAUGGUGAAGGUUUAUGGGGGGGGGGGGGGGUGAUGAGUAGAAUAAGAAAGAAAAAGACACAUUUUUGGAAGACGUGUGAAAGGGGAACAUGACCGAAAGAAAAGUUAGAGGAUGGAAUUAGAAAUAUAAAGGACUGAAAAACAAAAGAAAAAGCAAACAAAAACACAUAUACACACAAACAAAGAAAUUAAGUAACAAACAAAAAAAUAUUUUCUUCAGUUGAAAACUGGUUUUCCUUUUUUUUAUGUCAAAUUCAUUUGCCUUCCGUUUUUGUGUUGCUAAUUACAAAGAAGGUCAACCAAACUCAAGCCAGCAGGACUGGCUUUAAUGAUAAUCGCCUAUGUGACGAUUGGCCUUUUUAAUGUUUUCUUUCUCAUUGUUUUUGUUAUAGCGUUUAUGAGACUACUUUUACUUUGUUUUAUUUUUAAAAAACGGGACAACACGAGCUCAAUAAUAGGGAAAUUAUGUGAAGCAGCAUACAGAACAACUUACCACUUUUCUGUCCAUCGUUAGGAGAAGACAAUGUUACUACAAUUAGGUGUUGCAGUCUAGAAAGGAUGAAUGGAUGAAAUUUCAAUGAAAUAGUCCUUUUUUGAUGAGGAAUUCACAAACCAAUAAACUCCUUCCCCAUUCUCUCAAAUCUGUCUCUGUGACUAAUCGAUGUCGGUGGUCCCAUUUUGCAUGCAAUGCCAGAUACAUGUUGUAGAACAUAAGUGUAGAAACCACACACGCACACGCACGGUGUACGGCGAAAGACAAGCGACAAAGGAGGUACAACGUGAAAAAAGACUUACCGCUUGAACAACUUAUGGGAAAAGUAGUAGACGGCAACGUAAAAGCAAGUGAAACAAUAUGAUAAGACAAGCGUUUCGAGCGAGAAACUAAACAACAGCAUGAGUUUAAAUAGAAAAAAACAACACGAAUGAAAACGAAAGUAAAUUAAAGUUGAAACUAGUGAAAGCAUGUAAAACAAAAUAUGACAAAUGUGUUUUUGAUGAGGAAUAAAUAUGUGUUGUCAUAAAACGAUAUGUCACCCAAGUGUGUGCGUGUGUGUGUGUGGGUCAAUGUGUGUUUAUCGAGCCCCCAUGAAAACAGGAUGAAAGGGAAAAUUGUUGAUGUCACCCGAAUUCAAUCACUAAUGAGAUUAAAAGAAAACAAAACAAAAACAAAUAAUGGAACAGAUAGCAGCUCGGACUGGUAAGAGGAUCAAACUGAAACAUAGUGGAAAAGAAAACAAGAAAGCAAACAUAAAAUGUGUAGAAGCGAACAAAGAGUUUAAAAAAAGCGAACAAAAAGCAACAAAAAAAACAGAAAACCCUAUAAAACUCGCGGGGCUUAAUGAGUAUCACACUAAACGAAAGAUAAGAGAUAAACAUCUUUCGUGACAUAAAAGUACUUCAGCAGUUUUUGGGGGGAAGAAAUAUAUAGGUAUAAAUCCAAGUAAAACAAAAACCCAACAUUAUAAAAAAAAACCAAAUCCGGAUGAGUGUUAUGCAAAAACCAAAACCCAAAAGAAGAGAAAAAAAGUGAAUCAAAUUCCGAACAAUUGGGAAUGAUGGGUCGGAUGCAAUAAAAGUAUGUCAUAAAAAACACUGAA